AUGCCAGCACUGCGAGUCCCCAUUGUGUCAUUCAUCCGUGGGGUGGGCAACACGGAUGUUCCGCUUCCGCAACUUCCAGGCAACAAGCAGAGUGUCGGGUACAGCGACCACCAGAGCGAAGGUCUGCUCGAACCGCGCUGGGACUUGACGGCCGAGCAGCACAAGGUCGUGGAAGAGACCCAGCGCCACAUCCUCGACAACGUGAAAUGGGUGCAGGGCACCUUCGCCGGCGUCGAAAUGUACCUCAAUUUGCUGCCAAAGGGGGAGAGCGGACCGAAAGCUGACCAACUCCCCAAGUUCCAAGUGACUAGUGGCGGGGUCAUGCCGACGAUCAUGGCGCAGUGCGUCUUCGGGUACGUGACGCUGAUCGCGCGCAUGCUGCAGGAGGCCAAGGAGUUCCAGAACAAGCGCGAGUUCGCGCGCAUGGAGCUCGUGAGCUACCGUUCGGCCUCAUCCGUGACGGUGGGGAUCCUCGGAUUGGGUAAUAUCGGUCAAGGGGUGGGCAAGAUGCUGCGUGGCGCCGGGUACAAGGUGCUGGGCUUCAAGCGCCACACGAGUCCGGUCGAAGCAGCCAACCUCGCGUUCUGCGCCGACCGCAUCACGACAGACUUAGACGACGUUUUGGCCAACAGAUACUUGCUGAUCGAGAAGAAUCUGCAGCAGUGUCGCGAACGCAGCCCCGUGUUCAUCAACAUUGGCCGGGGAGACGCCAUAUCGGAAAAGACGCUGGUCGAUGCUUUAGAUGCCGGCAUCUUGUCUCGGGCGGUGCUGGCUGUGUUCGAACAAGAGCCGCUCCCGCGCGUUAGCGCCCUCUGGUCGCACCCGUCGGUGCAUCUCACGCCCCACGUGUCCGGCAAGGUGUUCCCGGAAAACGUCGGGCCGGUCUUGCUGGCCAACUUUAACCACUACCUUCGCGGCGAACCUUUGGAGUUCGCGGUCGACUGGACGAAAGGAUACUGA